ACUGGGGUUGGGUUGGGUGAGGCCCGGCACUUGCCAGUUGGCAGCUGGAUGUGUGGGGAAGUGAUCUGUUCUCAACCUCAGACGCCUGGGACCAAGCCUCGGGACUCGCCGCCGCCCAGCAGGUCCCGCGCUGCUGGCCUCGGGCUCUGGGCUCCGCAGCCCCUCGGCCUCCGAGCCCGCACGUUGCACACCGUGGCUCGCUGCCCUCCCGCUGCGGUGCCGAUAGCAUGAGAUGGAGAUAGCCUAGGAUAGCGGUGGCUUGGGUUGGCGGUUGCCUGGGGUGGAGCUGCCCGGCGAUGCGGUCUGGCCUCCAACCCUGCACCCAAUGUUAGCAGAGGCGCACGCAGAAGCGCGAGCUGAGUCCCAGCACUUGCCCGAGAGGGGCGGGGCGUCAUCCUCGACAGGACCCGCCCCGGACCCGCCCUCCCGGCCGCCCCGUCGGGAAACCCACGAGCAGCUCGGCGGCAGCGGCGGCUCUGCCUCGGCGCGAUAGAAAGGAGAAUCCUCCUGCCACUUGCCCAAAGGCCAGUCAUCCAGAGACUCCAGACCACUGCAGAGAGGACUCACAUUCUUGUGUGGACACUGCUGGCGAUUGCUUGCCUCAAAACUCAAAAAGGAACCCAGUCCUGAGCAGUACUCACCACAGUGGUCCGAGGGAGAGCUGUAAGGCUGCACUCUGAGCUCACCCCUCCAAUGGCUGAGGUUAACGACAGACACACCAAAGAGCCUCCAGGGCUACCUUCGCUUCACGGCAGGAUGUGGUUAGAACCUUGAGGAACUGCAGGUUCCAGAGAGAACACUUUAGACAGCCAGAUUGGAUCCAGAGAGCAGAUGCUCAAGAGGACUUCAGUUUAAUCCUACGUCUCCCUCUCCCCGGGGAAAAUAAAAAGGACAAAGGUGUCCACCUCUACAAAGGACCACAGGCAGUGCCUGGAUGAGGGUUCUGGAGUGACGAGUGACUCCAGGAGGCCUUCCUGGAGGAGGCUGAGCCCCAGGAGUGGCUACCCUGGGGAAUCAAGCUACUUCCAAAGUGAGGUGUAAGACUUGGAGCCAACCGUGCCGAGGUCCUGGUUGGGAAGAUGAGGAUCCUCCGAAGGCGCCACAUGCCCCUGCGCCUCGCCAUGCUGGGCAGUGUCUUCAUGCUUUUCCUCUUCGUCCGACAGAAGGAUGUAAGCAACCGGGAGCAGGCCGUGGAGAAGCCGUGGCUGAAGUCCCUGGCAGGUCAGAAGGACCAUGUCCUGGACCUCAUGUUAGGUGCCGUCAACAACAUUAGAGACGUCGUGCCCAAGCUGCAGAUCAGGGCUCCAGAACCCCCACGAACCCUGGUCUCCACGAACCACUCCUGCCUUCCGGGGUUCUAUACCCCUGCUGAGCUGAAACCCUUCUGGGACCGGCCACCUCAAGAUCCCAACAGCCCUGGGGCAGAUGGGAAAGCAUUCCAGAAGAGAGAAUGGACCGAUCUAGAGACCCAGGAAAGGGAAGAAGGUUACAAGAAACACUGCUUUAAUGCCUUUGCCAGCGACCGCAUCUCCUUGCAGAGGUCCCUAGGGCCAGACACCCGGCCUCCUGAGUGUGUUGACCAGAAGUUCCGGCGCUGCCCGCCAUUGCCCACCACCAGUGUAAUCAUUGUGUUCCACAAUGAAGCCUGGUCGACUCUGCUGCGCACAGUAUACAGCGUCCUGCACACCAGCCCUGCCAUCUUGCUGAAGGAAAUCAUCCUGGUGGAUGACGCCAGCACAGAUGAGCACCUGAAGGAGAGGCUAGAGCGCUAUGUUCAGCAGCUGCAGAUCGUGCGCGUGGUCCGACAACAGGAGCGGAAGGGGCUCAUCACAGCCCGGCUGCUGGGGGCCAGCGUGGCGCAGGCUGAGGUGCUCACUUUCCUGGAUGCCCACUGUGAGUGCUUCCACGGCUGGCUGGAGCCCCUCCUGGCUCGAAUUGCUGAGGACAAGACAGUGGUAGUGAGCCCAGACAUCGUCACCAUCGACCUUAAUACCUUCCGGUUCUCCAAACCAGUACAGAGAGGCAAAGCCCACAGCCGCGGCAACUUCGACUGGAGCCUGACCUUCGGCUGGGAGAUGCUCCCUGCCCACGAGAAGGAGAGGCGCAAGGACGAGACCUACCCCAUCAAGUCCCCCACGUUUGCCGGUGGCCUCUUCUCCAUCUCCAAGGCCUACUUUGAGCACAUCGGUACCUAUGAUAGCCAGAUGGAGAUCUGGGGAGGGGAGAAUGUGGAAAUGUCCUUCCGGGUGUGGCAGUGUGGGGGCCAGCUGGAGAUCAUCCCCUGCUCCGUGGUCGGCCACGUGUUCCGUACCAAGAGUCCCCACACCUUCCCCAAGGGCACCAGUGUUAUUGCACGCAAUCAGGUGCGCCUGGCUGAGGUCUGGAUGGACGACUACAAGAAGAUUUUCUACAGGAGAAAUCUGCAGGCUGCAAAGAUGGUGGAGGAGAACAACUUCGGUGACAUUUCGGAGAGACUGAGACUCAGGGAACAGCUGCACUGCCACAACUUUUCCUGGUACCUACACAAUGUCUACCCAGAGAUGUUUGUCCCCGACCUGAACCCUACCUUCUACGGAGCCAUCAAGAACCUCGGCACCAAUCAGUGUUUGGAUGUGGGUGAGAACAACCGUGGAGGGAAGCCUCUCAUCAUGUACGUCUGCCACAACCUCGGCGGCAAUCAGUACUUUGAGUACACAUCGCAGAGGGACCUCCGCCACAACAUUGGGAGGCAGCUGUGUCUACACGCCAGUGGAAGCACGCUGGGCCUUAGGAACUGUCAGUUCAUUGGCAAAAAUAGCAAUGUGCCCAAGGACGAGGAAUGGGAACUGACCCAGGAUCAACUCAUCAGAAACUCAGGAUCUGGUACCUGCCUGACAUCCCAGGACAAAAAGCCAGCCAUGGCCCCCUGUAAUCCCAGCGACCCCUACCAGCUCUGGCUGUUUGUCUAGGCAUGGGGUCAUCCCCAGGGCAUACCCAAUAAGCCCUCCAGGUAGUGGGGUCACCAGGUGUCUGGGAAUCCUCUUCCCCAGACCCUCCGGAGGCUUGAGAGUUGGAUUUUUAAACCCAGUGGCCACCAAGGCAGGACGCUCUUCUUGCAACAACACUGACUCCAUUUCCUUUCCUCCAGGCCAGGGGAGAGACCAAGAGGUCACAUGCUGCUUGACUUUCCUUCUCUUCUAGAGACAGGGGUCUCCAAAGUAGCUUGAAAGUGUGUCCUGCAGAGGGACUGGAAGGGCAGAGACCCUCUCCUGGUAGCUGACCCUGGCAGCAAACCGUCUCGACGUACAGAGUGCAUUCAUCCUAUGUCAUUUGCAGUUUUCGGUGGAGGAGACAGGAAGGAGCCGUCCAUUGAGAAGGUUGAACACGGGCUGGAGUAUAGUUCAGGGAAAGGCCCUGGGCUUGACCCCUUAGCACUACAGAAAGCAGAAAAGGACGGCAGGAGAGGAAGGCAGGCAGAGGGAGGCAGAGGGCUUUACACAGCUGGUAGCAGCCCAAGCUGCAGCUGCGUCUUGGUGCUGUACCAGGGUUCUUCCCAGCACACAAGAACACUAGACAUGGCAGCCAUGCCAUUCAUUCCUUGACCCUUCUCUGAUCGUUCUGGCUGGCUGGCCUCCAGAAAGCCAGGUAGCGAGAUGGGAGACCACACUGAGAAUCCUGGGCUAUUUGUUCGGAAAGAAGUUCGUGGGCUCGGACAGCUGGUGAGCCUCAUGGUAAGCCCAAGGCCCCUUUGUUCUAAGCCAUAGGUGAGGAGAGUAAUAAGCAAAGCAGGAUCUAGGCAUGAAGGCACAGGUCUGUAGUCUCAGUACUCAGGGAAGUACUCAGUAAGGUCCUAAGUCCAAAGCCAGCCUGGACUUCAGAAAUAGACCUUUUCUCAAAAGCAGCCCCUGAACUAAGGUAGCCCCCCUUUUUACAUUUAUUUCUCACCAGAAACUAGAUAGGUGUUUUGUCCAAGGUCACCUGGCAAUCUGUUUGGCAGCUCGGAGCUCAGACCUAAGAUAAGGCUAAUCUGAGUCCUGGCAGGUCUGAGGGGUCAGGGACAGUGUGCAGUUGGCUGGAGGGCCGAUCCCUCUGCCCGCCUGAGUGCCCUGUGCAGACCAACCCGAGGAUGCCGACCUUUCUACAAUCAACUUGGACCCCACUAUCACUCUGCCUGGAAGAAAAUAGAAACGUCCAGGAAGGCUUUGGGGAACCACAGCAUGGGACCACAGCUGCCUCCUGCUCCUCCAUCGCCCCUGGGUGACAAUCAGAGGCAGCCCAGCCAAAGGAAAGAGUCUGACUGAGUUGUGAUCCAGGGUAGGAAAAGGGAAGAGAGGCUGAUUGGGAACCUGGUGGAAAUAAAGAUUUUAUGGUAUCGGUAAAA